AUUUAAGUAGACGAUUAUACUGUAAUAAAAUUGAGGACAGUGGGAUGGGACUAUAGCCAGAUUACGUGGUCCAACCGUGCACGAAAGCCUUACCACUGGCUUCCCACGGGGAAACAAUUUGUCUACUUUUCAACCAAAGCCAUACUUUGUUUAUUCUUCCUAAUCAAUUCAGAAGUGGAGGAGAACCACUUGGUUAAUCCUUAAUUGUUGGCGUAAAGAACUCGAAUCGAAAGAUGGUUACCUCAGCUAGCAGUGUUGAUUCUGCCUUAGAUCUUGUGACGCAAAUGGAGGACAGCAUUGGCUUCAAAUCUUCAUCCCUUUUGUUGCUGAAACUGGACUUGAGGUUUCUAAGAACUUUUGUUAGAUUCUCCAGUAAAUGGAGCCUGAAUUCCAUUGAUCUCAAUGAUAAAGAUGAUGAUGAUGUUGCGAGCCUGGCAUCAUUCUUGCUCAAAGUUGAAGCUGCUGUUCAUCAAAAUGUACAGGUGAUGAAGUCUCUCCUUGUUGAAUUAGUAGGCCUUGAAAUGACAGAAGAAAAAAGAAACCAUUUCAAUCAGGUGUUCUUUAAAUCCCAUGAUGUCAUCGAGUCCUUUUCCGAAGAAAUCAAUGGAUUCUACAUAGUUUUGAUGAACAAGGCAUCAAAACUCAGAGCUCCAAUCCGGGAUGAACUGAUGAGUUUAUUGGACUCCGUUCUUGACAACAUAUGGGAUAUCCGUCCUUAUGACUUGCGAGAAUUAUCUGAAGAUCUUGAAGAGAAGGUUCGAUUCUUGCAAAAUAUGAUUUCUUUCGCUGGAAUGCGAAGCGUUAAUGAUAAGCAGCUGGAAGAUCUUAUGCUUCACACCAGAUUUCUUGCUAUCCAUUUAGCAUACCUUUACCAUGCCAAUGCCUAUAUUGGAGUUGAAGGAAUGGAUACCAGGAUAUCGAAUUUGCUGCAAAAGAUUAAACCUGUUGAAUCAAAAGUUUGUGACAUCUAUAUACAUGUCCUGAAAGUUUCAAAACUAUCAGGAUCAUCAAAGUGUCAAAGCCUGAACUUUGAUGAGCGUAUACUAGGGGAUUUCAUUGAUUCUGUUCGAGGUAAUUUGUGGGAGUUACUGUGUUCUGGUCGGGAAUUUCCUUACCUGGUGAAGGAUCAAGCUCAACUACUGUAUGAGGGGCUUAGUUUCUUGAGAAGCAUUCUAAGGGAGCAGGACAAGAAGUUCAAUGAUCUACAGGAGACAACAAGAAAGCUUGUAGCAGAUAUUGUCAGUGAUGCAGGAACUAUAAGUUGCUCGCUCUUCGCGAACGGAACUGAAGAAGGUGUAGCCAAAGAGAUCAGUCUCACAUUAUCACAUUUGGUGAAAGAGAUCAAAUUUGUCAAGUUAGAAGUUGCUAACAAAUUUCCAGUUUCAACAAGGCUGCAGUAUCCGAGGACUAAUGUCCAAGGAUUUAUCAAUCGGCUUAUUGAAAAUUUGGUUGAACUGGCUCUUCCCAUUGUCUCCGAGAAGGAUAAAAUUGAAGAAUUCAGUAAAGAUCUUAUAUUCAUAAGAUCUGUUGUGGAGAACAUAAUGGAAAAGCACAAUGAUCAGGCGGAGGUCCAAGAUCUUUUGAUGCAAGCAGCUGAUAUUGCUCGCAAGGUAGAAUUUUUCAUCGACUCCUUAGUGAUCACAGAUCAUUUUCAUUGUUGUCCAAAUAUGAUCGAUAAGAUCACGGAAGAAAUCAGUCUUUUGAAGUUGAAGGUCUCGAAGAUUGAUGGUAAUAACAAGCAUGAAUUCGAAGAUGGGAAAUUCGACAAGGUUACAAGUUAUCAGGAAUCUCAAGUUAGUACACCAAUAAUCAACGAAGUCGUGGUAGGUCUGGAAGAUGAGGCAAAGAAAAUGAUUGAGCUACUUACAAGAGGAACAUCAACAUUGGACACAGUUUCAAUCAUUGGAAUGGCUGGUCUUGGAAAGACUACUCUGGCCAAGAAAGUAUACCAUGAUUCUGAAGUGGCAUACCAUUUUCAUAUUCGCGCAUGGUCUUGUGUAUCUCAACAAUAUCAUAAGCGCAGAUUGUUGCUUGAUAUUUUGGAAGGGAUUUUUACCAAGCUGCCUUUGGAACUUGCGGACAUGAAUGACGAUGAUUUGUUUGAACAGCUUUACAAAUGUCUGAAAGGGAAAAAGUAUCUCAUCAUUUUAGAUGAUGUGUGGGGUAUUGCGGUAUGGAAUGACUUUGGGAAACUAUUUCCCAAUGAUUCUAACGGAAGUAGAAUCCUGUUAACAACCCGUCUUCAUAAUGUGGCUUCUCAUGCUAAUAGCAAACUUCAUUUUCUGCAACCACUCACAGAAAAUGAGUCUUGGAAUUUACUGAGGGAGAAGUUAUUCAUCGGAGAAGAUCGCCCACCAGAAUUAUGUGAGCUUGGGAUGAGAAUCGCUAAAAUCUGUAAGGGAUUGCCCUUUUCACUUGUUGUGGUAGCCGGCAUUCUCGCGAACAUGGAUCAACAUCUUUGGGCAGGAGUAGUGGAAAGUUUGAGCUCACAUACCCUUUAUGGAACAGAACAGUGCAUGUCUACAUUAGAACUGAGCUACAACCAUUUGCCCAACUAUUUGAAGCCUUGCCUCCUUUACUUAGGCUUGUUCCCUGAAGACCAAGAAGUUACAUUUCGCAAGUUAAUGUGGAUGUGGAUUGCAGAAGGCUUCGUGAUGAAAUCCGAUUUGAAGAGCUUGGAGGAUGUAGCUGAAGACUACAUGAUGGAUCUACGAGGUAGAAGCUUAGUUAUGGUUGGCCAACAAAGCUCUUCAGGUAGAGUCAAAGCUUGCAACAUUCAUGAUUUAGUACAUGAAUUUUGCUUGGCUAAAGCCAAGAAAGAAAAUUUUGCCCAGUGGUUACGAGGUCCUGGAGAACUAUCUACAUUUUAUGAGCCACAAGAUCUAAGGCGACUGUGCAUUCACUCUGAACCCGAGGAUUUGAGGAAAUCGAGGCUGUUUUGCCGUCACAUACGCAGCCUCGUAUUCUUUAACAGGGAUAAGGCCUGGCACGCCAGAGACCCUUCCAAUGUUUCAUUCCUUUUUCGGUUCUCCAAACUUCUCAGGGUGUUGAACUUGGAGAAGGUUAAAGUUGGUGACAGUUUUCCAACUGAACUUAAUCAGUUGGUUCAGCUAAGGUACUUGGCUCUCUCUGUCAGUGAUGAGUUAUACUUCAUCCCAUCAUCAAUAUCCUCACUUUGCAACUUGGAAACUUUGAUCAUUGAGGGAUUCAGUCAUGACAUUUUGUUGCCAGUUGCAAUUCUGAAACUGAGGAAACUUAGGCAUUUGCACUUAAAUAACAGUGCAGUUUUUUGUUUACCAGAUGAUUCUGCUGAAAUGAACUCUGCUACUUUGAGCAAUCUUGACACCUUUUCUACUGUAACCAUUGGUCCAGAAACGGAGAAGGUGAUGCGCUUGUUUCCCAACGUCCGCAGACUAAAAUGCAGACUGUUAGAAUCAUGGGGUUGUGGUGGAGUUGUAACGUUAGACUUUCUAAGCCGACUAGAAUCACUGAGGAUGUUCUCUCCUGGUCCGCUAGCAGAUGGAUUUAAGUUUGUUUUCCCCGAAAAUCUUAAGAAACUUGCACUUUCAGGGCUUUGCUUGCCAUGGUCUAAAAUUUCAGUUAUUGGAGAACUACCUAAACUUGAAGUUCUCAAGCUAAUUUCAGGCGCCUUUGAGGGGGAAAUAUGGGAGAUGGAAGAAGGUUGGUUCCCUAAACUCAAAUUCUUAAAACUGGAAUUCUUGGAUUUGGUCAGUUUCGCAGCCUGUGCUGAUGAAUUCCUUCCCAGUCUUCAGAAAUUAGUGUUCAGAAACUGUUGGAAUUUGGAAGAGAUACCAUCUGAAUUAAGCGAAAUCUCAACGCUUGCGAUGAUAGAAGUGUACAGGUGCCCGAAAUCCCUGGCAAGUUUAGUCAUGGAAAUCCAGGAUGAACAAAAAGACUUUGGAAAUGAUGAUUUGAAGAUCCUUAUUCAUCAUUCAUUAUGCACUGACGAAGCAUAAGUUUCAAAAAGAAACAAAGCACUUUCCCUCUUUUAGAUUACGCCACUUGACAUUGUUAGUUAUCCUUUAUUAAAUUUGAGAAGAUCAUUCGACAAGUUUGUUCUUUAACUGGAUACAAAUUUUUGCUCAACAUUUUCAGGUCAUCGUCUGUUUUGCACCUUAUUUCUUUCUCCAUUUUUAAUCAUUCAUUGGCAUGUAAAAUGCACUGCAAAAAUAUGUACUCCCUCC